AUGGUGACCGAGGAACGCUUCAAAUCGGAAUACUCAGAGGACACCAAGGAAAGGAAGCCUGUGUCGAACACGAAACCUUCCUCCUACGGAACCAAAGGUUUCGUUGAUGAUACUACCCAAUUUACUAAGGGGGACAUCAAGUUUUUGUUCCGGGACUUCAAGCAGAUGUUCCAUGAUGAGUUGGGAGACCUCCAACAAGAAGUUGAUCUACCCCAGUGCAAACUUACCCUGGAGUCUGCCACGCAUUUCCACCCGACAAGCAGAGUAAGGUCUUGGAUAGGAUUGCGGUUUUGGAAUUGUCUGUGCAGUCCCUUCUCCUCCAGCAGAGAAUUAGAAAUGUGAGGAUCAGGGGAAUACCAGAGAGUAUUGCACCAAAGGACUUGAUGCAGUUUGUUCAGGGUCUUGUGGAUUCACUAACAGUGUCCCAGGUGACGGGACCACAGCGGUGGAUUGGGUAUACAGAAAACUCAGGGUUAUUGCAGGCCUUGGUGGACUCUCCUUGGGAUGUGGUGACACAAUUCACUGACAUCGCAUACAAAAUGAAGAUACUGCAAAAGGCCAGGACAAGGAGCAUUUAG